AUGGCGUGUGCUGUUGAUCUCGACUCGCGCCACCUACCCUCUACAGCGACUGUGGAUCCUUAUCCUUAUUGGGAGCGGCAGGAGGCUGCUCUCUGCGCGAUCCAUGCUUCGAACAUGUUGCUGCAGAUGAAGAAGUUCACGCGAGAAUCCUUCGACAAUGUGGUCCGUCAGAUUUUGGCCAAUCCAGAAUACCGCGAUGACUUCCUGAUCAAUUGUCCAGAAGACCUUUGUGACGGUUGUGGCAACUACGAUUGGUUCGUCGUGAAGGAGGCCCUACGUCCAGAGGGUUACGAGAUGACGCGCAUAAAUUUCCAGACUGUGGGGGACGAGACGGCCUUUCUCGUGAACGCGACGGCCUUUCUCGUGAACUUGCGCAUUGUCCAGACGGAAGAAUGCCCACAGGGGUCGAGGCACUGGGUGGCUUUGAGAAAACUGGGCCCCACUUGGUACCUCUUCGACAGCCUGGAAACAACUAAACAGGCCGUUCGCAAGACUGUGGGCGAGGUCAAUGAGUAUCUGCGCCAUGGGAAUGUAGACGGUGUCUUCGAGGUGAAGCCCCUGUGCCUGACUGCCGGGACUGCCGAAGGGCCUGCAGGGCGGCCAGCGCGACAGACCCGUGAGGAGCGCAACUGCGACUGCAGCGCAGGCAGUCAGACUUUCGAGGCUCAGCAGAAUGUUGGCACAGGCCCUUCAGGGCUCUUGCGCGAGGCUGCAGCUGAGUGGCCGCUGCAUGAUGUGCGCCCUGCUGCGCUGGCCUCCUCCUGUUUCCCUACCGCAAGGGUAGUAGCCAGUCUGGCUGGCGUUUUCCGCUGGCUGCUGGGAUGGACCGAGGGAAGCAAGGAUGACACAGGAGGGCUGGAACACCUGAAGUUCGAUGCUUGCAUCGAGCUCUUGCCAAGCCUGUUCGAGGUGCCUGAACUGAAACAGCGGCUUUGUGAGUACUUGGUUGCCAAGAUCCCCGAGCUGAAGCAACACGAAGGAGAUCUUCACUUGCCUGAACUGAAGCAGCGGCUUCGUGCGUACUUCGUUGCUAAGAUCCCCCAGCUGAAGCAACACGGAGAAGUUGGCACGACCAGCGUUUGUGACACAGGCAAGCGAGAGACUGGGUCGGAUGAUAGCUGGAUGUACGAUAUUAUGGAGAAGCUGCAAUCGCAAGACCGCCUUGAUGUCACGGUCGACACAGCAUGGGUGAGAUACAAGGCAGAUGCCUCCUUUCUGGCCGCCAUGCGCAAGCUGCUCGCGGGGUUCCUUCAGGACCAUUGGACCCGCUGGCUGGCAUGGCUCGAGAAGGGCGACUACACUUGCGAGAUGCCUCAGGUCAAGCUGGACGAUGUCGCCGGUUUUGCGUUCGCAGCUUCUAAGGUGUGUCGACAGUGCUUGGAAGCCCCUGAUUGCAUCCUUUGCCAUCGAGAUAGAUUACCCGAGAAGGCUUGCUGCUUAACUCAUGGCAUUCCCAAGUGGCAGCCAUGGAAGCAUCCUGAUGGCCUACAGACGCAUUUGGAAGCUCUUGACAAGGACAUGCUCGAACUCGUUGUGUCUCCCGGCAGGCCCCAGUCGAGAACAUGCGAGGAGGUCGUGGAAGAGUGCUUUAAAAGCGGUGAUAUCAAGACAGGCGAAUGGCUGUCAAGGACACUUAAGCUUUCGUUCCGUCUCGCUGGCAGAUUCUUCCAAUACCAGACGCGCAGCGAAACUGAGCAGUCCAUCAACAAAGAGCUGGGGGACAUGAACGAAGGCUCAAGGCAGGCCGUGCUAGAGACGGUGCUGGUCGCCAGGGCCGCGGCCAAGCACUUGAAGAGUCUUCGGCCAGUACAGCUUGCAACAGUGCUCUUGACCUUGCAUGCCUCCUUAACGGGUCAGAGACGGCUGCUUCAGAUGAAGACUGGCGAAGGCAAGACGAUCACAUGUGCAGCGAUCGCAGCAGCACUCGCCAAGCGUCGACCGGAUGCUGCCGUGCACGUAACAACAUCCAACUCAGAUCUGGCAAAGGAGGCUGUCAAUCAGACGAAGGAGUUUUUCGAGCAGUAUCUUAACAUGGGAUCGAGACUGGCGAGGGAUCCAGCGAGUCAAGAGCUCAGGAUUGGCUGGGGGAAGGACGGCGCCGGAGUAGUUUAUGGCAUCAUUGCAGACUUUCAGUCUCAACGUCUGGUUAUAACGAUGACCGGAGCAGAGCUUGAGAAGUUCAAUGCCUGGAUCAAGGAAUGUUUUCUCUUGCUUGAUGAAUGUGACCACCAGCUCAUCGAUGGUGCUACGACUCUUCUGCAACACGCCCGAAAGAAUGCAAACUACUUGGCGCUUGAUAAGCUGAUGUUUGAGAUGCAUGCUUCGAUGGCGCCUGCAGAUGACGGACCGUCGGCAUCAGCAAAGCUCGCAGAAUUGGCUUCCGACAAGCUCCACAAGCUCGAGUCUGGCCCAAAACCAAACCUUCCCCACAUGUUGCCCCUAAAGAAUCUGAUCUGCAACCUCUGGCAGGGUGCCGACAGGGCGCUUCGGUGUCAAGCCCGUCGCGACUUUGUGGUGAAGGCCAAGAAGCAGUCUAGAGAUUUCCCCCGACGGCAAGACCCGACGAUAGUCCCGGUUGACCUCGCCACUGGCAUAGAGCAGCCCUUGCUACGAUGGACCUACGAGGGCCCUUUUGUUGAAAUGCAGCAAGGCCUUCCGAUGACAGGCAUUGAGCCUGCGCCCUUCUUCAGCUCACUCGUGGCUUUCGUGCAGGCCUAUGGCUGGUUCGGCGGCUUCUCUGGAACUCUGGGCCCCUCGAGCGCCCGCCGUUUCCUACGCGACGUGUAUCAGGCCGACGCCAUCGAAAUCCCGAGGCACAUGCCGAGCAGAUUCUACGAUUUGUCUCCCAUCGUGUAUGGCAAGCAGCCCAAUGCCAAGAAGAAAUGGCUCGACAAAAUCGCGCAGCAGACAGGGGACUUCUUCAACGGCGCGCUGAUGGCACGUUUUGGCCAGCAGGUUGGCUGCCCCGGCUCGGUUCUCAUCAUUGUGGAGAGCAUGCAGGAGGCUGAUGAAGUGUACGACACGCUGAAGAAGGCUCAGCGAACUCAGUCAGGCAUCCAGUACAUUGUGAAGUACCGUAGCGAGGCGGACAAUGAUGUGCUGACCAGUGGGCCCCAUGUUGUCCGUGCCACUGACGGCUCGGGCGACCUGGUUCUGCGGACAGGCACUGUGGUAGUGGCAUCCAACAAAGGCGGGCGAGGCACAGACUUCAAGCUGGAGAACACAGGAGCUGGGGGCUUGCAAUGCAAGUGCUUGCAAUAA